AUGAAAAUGCUUGAGACCCAAAUCUCCCAAAUUGCCCAACCAAGUUCUUCAUCCUCCCCUUCUUCCUCUUCUUCUUUACCUAGCCAAGGUGUCAACCCCAAAUUUAUGUAUUCCAUUACCACUAGAAGUGGGAAGAUCCUUGAGAGUGAUUUAAAUGUAGAGAAGAGUUUCGAUAAAGGGAUAGGACUUGAGGUUGAGGAUGAGUCAUCAAGAGAGGGUGAGGUUCUAGAAGGAAGUGCCGAAAAGCAUGAGAGGGGUGAGAGAGAAAAAGAGAAGAUACCCGAAAAGGAGAGCACCAAAGAGCAAACACGUUUACCCCUUAAUCUCCAACCUAGGAAUGAGAGGUUGCCUUUUCCCCAAAGAUUUGCUAGGUCUAAGCUUGAUACCCAAUUCGGAAAGUUUUUAGAAGUAGUUAAAGGCUUGCAUGUUUCUAUACCCUUUGUGGAUGCUAUGAAGGAGAUGCCUCACUACUCUAAAUUUCUAAAAGACCUUUUGAAUGGAAAGAGAGGAGUUGAGACUGUUAAUCUAACUGCAAAUUGUAGUGCCAUUCUCUCUAGUAAGCUACCAACCAAAUUGCAAGACCCCGGUAGUUUUUCCAUUCCUUGUUCUAUCAAUGAGAUCCAUUUGGGGAAGGCUUUGUGUGACCUAGGUGCUAGUGUGAGUUUAAUGCCCUUCUCGGUCUACCAAAAGCUCAAUGUGGGAAGCCUUUCACCUACAAACAUCACUCUCCAACUAGCGGAUAGGUCCACAAAAUUGCCUAUAGGGAAAGUAGAGGACAUCCCCCUUAGAGUUGGUAAGUUCACCUUUCCGGUGGAUUUUUAUGUCCUUGAGAUGGAUGAAGAUGAAAGAAUUCCUAUAAUUUUGGGUAGGCCAUUCCUAGCUACUUCUAAAGCGAUCAUCGAUGUCAAAGAAGGUAAUAUGACCUUGAAGGUUGACAAUGAUUCUAUUGAAUUUGACUUGAAUAAGGUAAUGAGACAACCCUCCUCUAGUAAUGAAUGCUUUAGAAUAGAUACAAUUGAAAAUUUGAUGAAUGAGUUUAGAUACCCUCAUAUGCAUGCUUCUAAUGAUCUACUUGAGAAUGUUUUGUUGAAUGAGAAUGAAGUAGGCGAUCAAAAGGAGAUGCAAUUGUAUGAAGAAAUACUUGAUGAGAAAGAGAAGACAAUCACCGACCAAGAGAUGCUCCAAGCACAUGAAAUCUUCAAGGUAGAGAAGGAGGAGAUCUCCAAUGGUAAGGGAGCUCCAAAGAUAGAAUUGAAACCUCUACCUUCGGGCUGGAGGUAUGUCUUUUUGGAUGCUAAUGAUACUUCCCCGGUUAUUGUCAAUGCUAACCUCACGGAAGAGCAAACCUCCUCAUUGCUAAAUGUCCUGAAAAAGCAUAGGAAGGCUUUGGGUUAUACUCUUGAUGUUCUCAAGGGUAUAAGCCCCUCCCUAUGCAUGCAUAAAAUCGAUUUAGAGGAGGGUGCUAAGCCGUGUAGGCAACGGCAAAGGAAGCUUAAUCCUUCCAUGCAAGAGGUUGUGAGGAAAGAGGUUUCCAAGCUACUUGAAGCAGGGAUCAUCUAUCCAAUUGCUCAUAGUGAUUGGGUAUCCCCGGUUCAAGUAGUGCCGAAAAAAGGAGGUAUGACGGUAAUGGUUAAUGAUAAGCAACAAUUAGUCCCAACCCGGCUUGUUACGGGUUGGCGUAUGUGUAUUGAUUACCGCCAAUUGAAUGCCAACACUUCUAAAGACCAUUUUCCAUUACCAUGUGAGAUGGCUAAUCUCGUGUUGAAUUGGGAAAAAUGCCAUUUCAUGGUAGAGAAUGGGAUUGUUCUUGGGCACAAAAUUUCCCAUGCCGACAUCGAGGUGGAUAGAGCCAAGGUGGAGGUCAUAGAGAAACUCCCACCCCCUACCAAUCAAGAUAAAGAUUUUGUAUUUGAUGAAGCUUGCCAUGAGUCAUUUUGUAGGUUGAAAAAGGCUCUUUGCACCGCCCCCAUAGUCCAAGGACCGGAUUGGUCUUUACCAUUCGAGCUAAUUUGUGAUGCAAGCGACGAGGCCAUUGGAUCGGUUCUAGGACAAAGAAAGGAUGGGAAACUUCAUGUUAUAUACUAUUUGUCCAAGACUCUCAACGAUGCUCAACGGAAUUAUACAACUACCGAGAAAGAGUUCUUGGCGGUUAUUCAUUCAUUUGAGAAGUUUAGAACCUACCUCAUUGCUUCUAGGACAAUAGUGUAUACCGAUCACUCGGCUCUCAAAUAUUUGAUAAGCAAGAAGGAGGCCAAACCGAGGUUGUUGAGAUGGGUCUUGGUCCUUCAAGACUUUGAUUACGAAAUGAGAGAUAAGAAGGGGGCCGAGAACGUGGUGGCGGACCACCUUUCUAGGUUGGGAGGUGCAAGAAUACAUGAGGAUGGUUAG